GAGUCUUAAAGCCUGGAGGCAAAGUUCUGAUCACGAUGUACGGUGUUGGACAUGGAGAACUCAGCGAGGACUUCAAAAAGUACGUCGAACAAAGGCAGUACUUUUUAAGAAAUAGAGAGCAGAUCAAGGAAAUCGCCGAAAACGUCGGCUUCACAGACAUUGUUGUUGAAAACAUGACUGAGCGGUUCAAGGAAAUUUUGGGAGAGGAGAGAGAACGGGUGGAAAAGAAUAAAGACGAGUUCCUUUUUAGAUUUUCCCAAAAGGAAUACGACUCGCUGGUAAACGGAUGGAAUGCUAAGUUAAAAUACAUCGCAGACGAUAAUCAUAACUGGAACUUUUUCUUGGCUGUGAAGCCACAAAAGAAAAAUUGCUCUGUUGCCACAACGAUGACUGCACUUACAAUUGCUAGUCACAAUCAUGAUGCAUCUCAGUAAGACUG